GCUGAUUAGCACAAGCACGCUACCAGCCCUUGUGGCAUACAGUUCUUCUUACACACUUCUAGCCCAGAUUUAGAAUAACAAAAAUGCCGAAAGACGAUCCGGAAACCACACAGCUGAAAAAGGAAUUGGAUGAUUUGAUCAAAAAAAUGAAAGAAGAACAAGCUAAAGUGGCGGACAAGAAGCUUGAAGACAUCUGUGGGGAUAUGGCUGACCCGCCCAAGGUGCGACUCACCACCAAGAAGAUGUUGAAGGGACACAUCAACAAAGUCAACUCAGUACACUACAGCGGAGAUAGCAGGCAUGCAGUGACAGGAUCCCUGGAUGGCAAGCUGAUCAUUUGGGAUACCUGGACCGGCAACAAAGUCCAAGUAAUCCCUCUUCGAUCUUCCUGGGUGAUGAGUGUUGCGUUUGCAGAGAGCGGAAACUUUGUUGCUUGUGGAGGUAUGGACAACAUGUGCACAGUUUACGAUGUCAACAACAGGGAUUCAACCGGGGCUCCCAAACUUGUGCGAGAACUGCUCGGAUAUGAGGGCUUCCUUUCGUCUUGCCGGUUCAUUGAUGACAGAACAAUCAUCACAGGAUCUGGUGAUAUGAAAAUUUGCAUCUGGGACCUGGAGAAGGGAGUGAAGACAGUUGAGUUUGAUAAGGCACACGCAGGAGAUGUUGUCUCUAUGAGUCUGUCUCCAGACAAGAACACUUACGUCACUGGAUCCGUAGACAAGACUUGCAAACUGUGGGACUUACGAGACAACACCUGCAAGCAAGUCUUCUUCGGACAUCAGGCCGACGUAAACUCUGUCUGUUACCACCCGAACGGAUUUGCCUUCGCAACAGGCUCGGAGGACAAGACAGCUCGAAUGUAUGACAUCCGCUCUGACCAGCAAAUAGCGUUGUACGAACCUCCUAACAAGACUUCAGGCUUCACCUGUUGUGGUCUGUCGUCUAGCGGUCGCUUCAUAUUGUGCGGCAGCGAUGAUCAUUCAGUACACAUCUGGGACUCCAUGAAAAACCAACACAACGGUUGCCUAGCCGGUCAUGAGAACAGAAUCACUUCGCUGUCCGUGUCGGCCAACGGAAUGGCCGUCACAACUUGUUCCUGGGAUCAGCAUGUCAGAGUUUGGGGAUAAAAAUUUGAUAAAUUAAUUGUUGAUAUGAUUUCAAAACUUAAAAACCAUGUUUAUGAUAAUUUGUUGAGUUAUGUGAUAAGGAAAGCUCGAAAACGUAAACAGCAUAGGCCUACUGAAAAUAUUGAAGUUAUUGGCUACCUUUUGUAAGUCACUAUAUUUAAGGCUAAAAACUUCAAAUUAAUGAGAACUACUGUACGUUUUGUGAUCUUUUUAUUUGCUGUUUACGGCACAUAAACAGCUGCUGUACGACAUUAACACAUGUGCAUUAUUAAUCAGCUGGUCCUGGUGGUGGAAUAAGUCUAAAAGCUUUUUAUUUUCCAUCACGAUGCAGGGAUAUGUCCAAACAAAUAUGGGCCAUAUAAUGUAUAAGUUAAAACAGAAUUCACAAUAUGGGUCAUCAGGGAAUGAGCAGAAUUUAAGCUCUAAACUAUCGAUAAUUAAUAUAUCUUCAAUUUGUCUUAAGACAUGUUAUCCUUCUUUUUCUUACAUUCCAGAAACUGUAUAUUUAACAUGCUGUAGUAUUUAUUUGUUAUUGUAAUUAUGGUACUCUCCAACCAAAUUGAUAUAAUAUUUUAUUAUUGCCAUAAAUCAUUGAUUCUCUUAGAUUAUUAUUAUAGAAAAUUGUACAUUUACAAGAUAUAUUUUACUAAUUUGUUUGUAGAGAGAGAAGUCAAUCAUACAAAUAGGAAUAAGAGGGCUGAGUAACUGAGCCGAGUAAGUGAGAAAACCCAAAAUAUUUUAACAACUGAAUCAUCGAAAUACCUGGGAUUAUUAUUUCCAUACCCUACCCACUUUUCCUGAACCAUUUCCACUCCUUCAAGACAACCAACCCUAAGAAUGAUUGGUUGAACAGAGAUUGUGUUUUGUGUGACACACUGACUGAAAAAUACACUCUCAAAAAAUACAGUAUCAUGUAUUUUAAUCUGUAUCAUGAUUGUAGGUUUUAAGAGAUUUUCAUUAGUUUGUAUUAAGAAUGUUAAAGAUGUAAAUGAAUAUUGAAAUA